AUAUACCAGACAGUAUUUCAGCAAUCUUAAAAAUUAAGAUAUUUCUCUUUGCGCUUUUCUGAAAAUCAACGAUUUCAGACAAAAGACUAAAUAAACAACCUAUUAAUUAAAUUUUAUUCAUAUUAUGACAACUGUACACUUUAUUGCAACUCAAGUACCAAAAUCAAAUAUCCCAAGAUUUGUACGCAUUAAAAAUGAUGAAGUGAAUGUAACCACUAAAUCUGAAUACAUACCUCCCAAUUUGUUAACAGAAAAGGUAAAUGUAAAUGAAACACUAUCAACACCUUGUUCACAUGAUGAAGAUACAAUAGACAAUAAUAGUCAAAAUACAAUAAAGCAUGAAAAUCAAAAAAAUUUAACUGAAAUUGAAUUAAAACAGUUGAAUGUAAUAAAAAAGGACAAUGUUAUUCAAGAAGAUGUAGAUGUAUUAGACUGUCAUAUACCGAUAUUAAAAAUGAAAGAAAUAGUCAAGAGUCCUAUUGCAUCAACAAGUGAGUCGAAUGAUGACAUAUAUUCACCAAUACGUUCAAUAAAAGGUAGAGUCUAUAGACUGUAUGAUAGAAAUUCUAUUAGUCAAGAAAAUAAUGAUCAUUCAAUCCCUUUUAAGUAUGAUAAUAAACAGAUUAAAUAUAAGAAAGGUAAUACUAAAUGCUUAAAAUUUAAAAGGUAUUUUAAAUCAUUCAUUGCCUUUUUAUUUUCACAUAUUGGUUUAUGUUUAGUUGUAGUUGGUUAUUGUUCAUUAGGUGCUUUUUUAUUUCGUUCCAUUGAAAGAAAUUAUCAAACUGAAGUUAUUCGUAAUUGUACAAUAGAAUUAUUAAAUAAACAAAAUCAUAUUCAACAUUUAUUGAUCAAUUUUCAUUAUGAUUUAUUAGAAAUAUGUACAAAUCAUAUAAAACAAUGGUUUAAUAAUGAAAUAAAAUGGAAAAAUGAUAUGAUUAAAAUAUUAUUAUAUUAUGGAUUUUCUAUAAAUCCAGAAAAUUUUAAAAAUGAAUUUGAAAAGAAAAUUUAUCCUCAAUUACUUCAACCAAUUAUUAAACCUAUAAUACAAAAUCAAUCUAAUUUUGAUAUAAUUUCAAAUAUGGAAAUAUUUAACAUAUUUAACAAAAAUUUAACUAUUCAUUUAAAGUAUAAAACUGAAAGUAUAAUAUAUGAAAUAAAUAAAGUUAUUGAAAAUUUAAUACAAGCUACAUAUACUGCAUGUGAUGCUGGUUGGAGACCAGUAAAUUUAAGUAGUAAAUUACAAGUUAAAGAAAAAUUUGAAAAUAUUCAAUAUCAAUGUUAUAAAUUUAAUAAUUGUACAUUGAACAAUUAUACAAAAGUUAAUGCUAAUCAUAUAAGAAAUAAAUUAAAUCAUUCACGAGAUCAAGUAUGCAGUUGUUUAAAUGAAAAAUUAUGUCUAUGUAAUAGUUUGAAUAAAACAAAUGAUUAUUUUGAUGGAAUACUUUUAAAUGAUAUUAUAGAAGAAUAUUCUGAUCCUUGGACAUUAACUGGUGCAUUAUUGUACGCUGUGACAGUUAUUACAACAAUUGGUUAUGGACAUAUUGUACCGAAAACAGAUCUUGGACGAGCGAUAACUGUAAUUUACGCCCUAUUUGGUAUACCAUUAGUUUUAUUGUGUCUAGCUAAUCUAGGUGGCUUUCUAGCAGAUAUUGUACGCGUUAUUUAUGCCAAUUCAUGUCUUCGAUACCAUGAACAUCGUGUUAAAAAGAAACUAUCCAAACAACAACUACCUUUAUCAUUACCAUUCUUGAUGAAUGAAAGAUUACUUGAUCGACCAGAAAGAAAACUACUCAAUCGAUCAAUAAAUACUCAUAAUAAACAUGAUUUGAACACAAUUUCACAAGAAAAAUCUGAGAAUUCAACGUUGACGACAAAAUCAUCCUAUCAUGAUUACAACAAGUGUACCUCAAAUGAGUCAAUUCAUAAAUUAAACAGUACCGAUUAUCAUUCACUAAGAUUUGAAAAACGUGCACAAUCAAUUCUUCACACUUUAACAAGUUCACAGUCUAUAAUUUCAUCAAACAAUCUUAAAGAAAUAAAGAAGGGUGAUGUUCAUGUACCAAUAUGGUUAACAUUGUUAGUAUUUUUUGUCUAUAUGACAGUUGGUGCAAUCAUAUUCGCUAAAUGGGAGAAUUGGAAUGUUCUACAAUCAGCAUAUUUUGUUUUCAUCACAUUGUCAACAAUUGGUUUCGGUGACUUUGUACCUGGUAUACAAAAAGAUAAAUGGCAUGAAAAUUCAACUAAACCAGUAUUUUGUUGUAUUUAUUUAUUAUUUGGUUUAUCUAUGGUAGCUAUGUCGUUCAGUUUAAUGCAAGAGGAAGUGAAGACUAAAUUUAGACGAUUUGCUUAUAAAGUUGGAUUAAUAGAAGAGCAGACAUGAUCAAUUCAGUUUCAUUCACAAUAUAUGUCUUCCUAAUGUCAGUCAUUUUGUGUCGUUUACUGUUUUUUCUUUUUGUCUUUUGACCAUGUAUAACUUCUUCCCUUCCAUUCUAUUAACUUUCCUUCACAGUAUUCAAUCUUGUAGUUUGUAUUUCCCUAUCCUAUUUUAUUCGCUUCUUUUUUCAUUAUAAAAGUGGGUCACUAUUACUUACUCUUUCAUAAAAGAUACAUGAAUUUUUAUGCCAAAAGAUACAAUUUGAAAUUCCAGAUGAAGAAAAGACGUAUGAUAUUGAAUAUUAGAGGCGGUAACAAAGAUGUCAUAUCAAAUGUUAUUUGCCAUACGAUAUUCUCUAAUCUGUCUCAUAAUUCUCCACUUUUACUUCAUGUAACGGUAACAUGACAAAAAAAUUAAUGGUUCUAUUUCGGCUACUGUUGCUGAUUAUACUAGUUGUUAUAAAAUUAUGUCGUUAUUAGUGUCUACAAAUGUAUUAAAUGUUCUCUUUGCCAUUAUAUUCUGUAAACAAAAGUCAUUGGUUGAAACAGUCUCUUUAAAGCAUACCAACAUCAUUUCAUAUGUAUGAAUUAAAACCAAUACAGAUACAUAUUUUCCUUUUUAUCAUAUACAUAAUUUUUCAGAAUAUAAAAAAAGGUAACCAAGAUUCAUUCAAAACGUCUUCUAUUAUUACUUAAAAAAACGUGAUCAAAAUGUAUAACUAGUAACAUUAGUGUACUUCACUUGAUAAUUUAUGAAUUUUGGUGAUUCUUAUGUGAUUUUCAUUUUUAUAACAAGAUCUGACAUUUUUAUCUGAGAUACUAUAGUACAGCUAACUGGUUUUAUUCUACUGAAUGUUUGCAAUAUGAAACGAAAUUGAGAGUAGCGUGGAAAUAUCGAAUUCCAUAGGAUUGUUGUGCGCUUUUUAUGUAAUCUAUCACUUCUGGUGUAUCUUUUAUUCAUCUAUAAAUAUGUUAAACUAAA